AUGGAGAGGAUGAUUAUUUUCUGUAUGCUUUUCUUCUGUUCCAGUAUGGCGCAGACUGCAGCUCCAUACAAAAUAGCAAAAUACAAACAGCUUUUGAAGACAAUUGACCUGUUAGAAACUGCAGUGAAAGAUAAGGAUGUUGAAUUGCUGCAUACACCAGAAAACCCUGCGGACGGAUGCCUGUUCACAGCCGUGACCUGCUUCCAGAAAGGCAUACUGAAAUUACAACCAGAAAACAGCCAAGUGAAUUCUACAUUCACCCAAACUGUUAAAGUCUUGAAAAGAUUCACCUUGAUCAACCCUAGAAAGUGUGAGUCUUCAUGUGAAUCUUAUGAGAAAAAAACCCCCAAAGAGUUUUUGAAGAGCUUAGCAAAACUGAUCAAAAAGGUAAUCAGAAACACCACAGCUGAAGGCUACUGA